AUGGCAAAUACGAUGAAAACAUCGUUAUUCUCUUUCAAAGUUGGCAUUGUCUGCUUGCUUUUAUCAGCGUAUGGUUGUUCUGGGGACCUUUUUGGUUCUCUACGAUUUACCCGAAAAGCGCUCUUUGGGUUUUCUCGAGUUGCUCCAAAUCCCGAAACUGAGCUACCUGUACCUGUUUUCAGUCUCGUUCGUUCUUUGGAAAGCGACUCCCCUACCAAAAGGCCUCAACAACGCACAAUUUACACGCCAUCUAACAAGUUCCUCGAAGUCAUCAGCGAGAUCCAGAAGGCUGUAGCGAACGCUGCUGCGAUGGGAAGUCAGUUGCAAUACAGCAACCUCACUCUUGCUAAGUUAUCACAGCUUUUGGAAGAUGCAGUCAAGAGCAAAAGCUUCGAUUAUGGUAGAGAGGUACUCGGACGAAUAUUAUAUUUACUCAGCAAGUCUUCUAAGCGAAAAAAAAGAUCUCUCGAGAAUGAAGGAAAUCUGUUUCUUCAGAGACUUCGUCAGGGUCUCGGAAACGAGACAUUUGAUAGCUUUAUGGCAGUCGAAGGAAAUGUGUCUUUGGUGUUUGUUAUUGACGAUACCGGAAGUAUGCGUGAGGAAAUAGAAGCCGUAAAAAAGAUAGCCACAGCUGUCAUCAAUUAUCCGCGUGAGGUGCCAGUGGAUUACAUCCUAUCACCUUUCAAUGACCCUAUGUCAGGUAUGCAGUUUUAAGAUCUUAUCCAGACAAAAAUACAAGGCAACAUAACAAGGAGGUAAUUUUUUUCCGGAACAACUUUGAAGAUUCUUUUAUAUAUAUUAAAACGAAGAAUGAACCCUUAGGUAGCAUAUUCUUGCUGGGCCUUACGGGUACUUGAGCCUGGCAUUGAAAAACCACAUUGCAGCACAAAAUUACCUUUCUUGCGCUCUGCAUUCUCAGGAUAUUUUCUUAAAUGAAAUCAGUGCCACACGGGGUGGACGCAAAAAAUUAGCACUCGACGGAAUACUCCUUGAACACUGUUGCUUUUAAACGAACGGCUUCGCUAUUGCGUCAAUAGUCUUCAGCAUCAACAUUUUUAAUACUUGUGUUUUAUUCAUACUUUUCUUAUAAUUGUGUUCAGUAAGUUCGCCAUCAUCAUUGUUUUAUUGUUUGUUUUAUCAGGAGCCCAUUACUUGUUAGUAAUGGGCUCCUGGUUUUAUUCAUUUAUUUUUAUUUUAUUUUAUCAUUUUUCAUGCGCUUAUAGACGCCGGAGCGGUGGUAUUUAAAGAAAGUCACCAAUCUUUAGAGUUUGUUGAUGCAAUAAAUGCCUUGACUGCACAUAGAGGGGGAGACUGCGCGGAAUAUACUCUAGCGGGUAUUGUAAACGCUUUCGGGCAGGACCCUCUGUUUGGCUCUCCUAUGUACGUUUUUACUGACGCUGGCCCCAAAGACGCUACGGAGGAGAAAAUAGAAGAAGUGAAGAUUCUGGCAGAAAUGGAUGAUGUCACAAUACAUUUUCUGACUACAGGUAUUUGGACAAGUUGUUCUCUCUUUAUUAACUAUGGGGAGUGCAACGUAGCAGGGGCGUGGGUAGGGGAUGGGGGGGGGGGCUGUCUGAACCUUCUAUUGGUAGCAGAUUUAUUGUGAAAAAAAGAGGCAACGGCGUGUAAACCUUAUAAUUCGAGAGGUGAAAUGCGUGAAGGAGAAGAAUGUGCGUGUCAUGAGUCUUUUCCAAAGCUAAAUAUUGCAUUAGUUGGUCGGCGUGCAAAUGCAAGCCUGUACAUCCAUAAAGUGCAACAGCGGUAAAAGCCGCGCCAAGAAAGAAGCGCAGAAAUAAGUAACGACGACCCUCCUUCUCCCCAUUUAACACCCGAGUUACGCCCUGCGUGGAGAUGAAUGGAGAGAGAGGGGGAGAGGAUUAGGUAUUUUCUGAGUCAGGAAAUCGUGUGAAAUCGUCUGAAAUUGGAUCACAAUUCCUAAUAAGGUCAGCAUAUUUCUCCCUUCACGGUGAAAUAAUUUUCCAUACCAUGUCAGUUUACAUACUUCAAUGUGAUUUGACACAAAACUUUUAAUUAGCACUGAGCACCAGUUCAUGUGGUAUAAAAACAAAAUAUCUUUGUCUUCCCAUAAAACCUCAGUUUUUAAAUCAGUGAAUGACGUAAUAUGUCAUCGUCAAUGAAAAAAGCCUGUGAUGGUGAUUUUUUCAUUAGGCGCCUGUGGGGGUAAGCUUCAUCCAGCUUUCCGUGAACUUGCCGAGUUCACUUCGGGACAAGUCGUGCUGUUGAAAAGCGUAAAAGAACUGGAGAAACUUGCAAACGUUACAAGAGGAGCCUUGGAAGGUACCACCAUCAUCAGCCUCGGAUCCAGCGAGUCCGGUAGAAAAAAGAGAACUUCCGGCGGGCUGCGUCGUUAUAGGUUCCCCGUGGAUGAUUCCAUCGAGACUGUAACAAUAUCAGUUAAAACGAAUCAGCCUGAUACAAAUGGUUAGUGAUCGAGGCUGUUCCUCCCUUCCUUUCAUACCAGUCAUCUACAGUUCUGAUGAUAUUUAGCUGAUGAAGUCUUUGUUCCAGCUUGUUAAUGACUUCCUAAAAAUUUCAAAAGUUGUUAAAUGAAAACUGUAUCACGGAAAGUAACGAUGAUAACGAAACAUAACAGAAGAAAAUAAAGGCAAAAACAAAGCAAAACAGAAAAAAAAUUGCGCCUGUUCGCGACGACUUUCAUUCCAAGUUUAUCACUCUUUUCCUAAGUGAGCUUUAUUAAUAGAACUCUGUCCCCUGCAUCAAAAGAGAGUCGGGAGUAACCAGUGGAAGCUCUCCUUAGAGGACCUGAAAAAUACGCAUCAAUUAAGGAUCGUGAGGAGAGGCAAAAUUUCAAACUACUAAGAAUUUCUCUCUUUCAAAUCUUCUCAUUUGUGUAUUCGUUAUAACUUUCAUUUUUUAAUAUGUUUUCAUCUCAAUUAAUUACACUCCAGGUCGGGGAAUUACUUUGAGAAACCCCUCUGGGGCCAUCAUCACAGCACAGAAGGUCAAUCUUUCUCAGCUUUGCUUCUACCAAAUUGCGAGCCCCCCAAAAGGUUAUUGGACUUUGGAGAUUACAACAGGCACGACUGGGGAUCACGAGUUUUACGUCAAAUCAACCAGCAAGACAAACAUCAACUUCAAACACUAUUUUAUGAUUCCAGUGGGACGUCGUCGAAGGAAAAGCGAGGUGCCUUUUUCGAACCCUAUCGCACGUUAGUAUAAUAAUUAUAAUUCACUAAAUUUGAUGCUUACUUAAAUAAACUCACUAGUUUGAGAGUAAGGGGCAAGCCAUUAUUUCUCGCCGGGGAUGGGGAGGGGGAGGGUCAUGCACUUUUUGCGCAUUAUAAUUCCAUCUGAUCCUCCCCUCAAGGCUCUGUAAUAUUCCCCUCUCAUUGGCAGUCAAUUUUCUACCGUUUCCAUGUAUACUCUCUAGAAACAACUGAUCUCCCUAUUCCCCUGAAGACCAUGUAUUGGCCCCCCCCCCCAAAAAGGGAAAAACCACCCCCCAGGAGAUAAGUUUUAAUUGAUCUCUUACUAGAAUCAAUAUUUAUUUCACGCAGGGUAAUUAUGGGCGACACUAAGAUAAGAUGUUCAGAUUUCGCCUUUGCACUAAAAUUGUUGUCCUUUUUUCGUGCUGAAACCUGCUAAGAUUAGCACAGCGUUUCGUGGCGUGAUAUUAAUAAAAUCAUACCUGUACGGCUUCGACAGAAGGGAUGGGUUCAAGAAGGAGGAUGAAGUGGAGUCCUACAUCAGUGUCGUAUUGAUAAUAUUAUUAAUUUCUUUAAUAAUAAUAAUAAUAAUAAUACAAACAUAUUUAUGCAGGAUUGCUGCUUCAGUUUUAAGAAAAAAAACUGCUAUCAAUGCAGGUCCUGUACAAAAUUAAAAAUAUAAAAAUAAAAAUAAAAAGAUUUAAAAUAUAGAUAAAAAUCAAAUUACAAUAUUACAAAAUAGUUUCACUAAACGAAAGAUCGAACAGCUAUAAAUUCUAAGAAUUAUCAAAAAUUAUUAAAAAUUUUUGCACCUUUGUAGAAAAAAGCGCGCUUGGUGCAUUCUAAAUUAUUUUUUUCUAAAAUAAGGUCAUUAUUAUUUCUAGUUUUGUGGCGGUGAAUGUCACGGUUUCUUACAUUGAAAUAAUUAGAAAGGUAUCUGGGAACUCUCUUUGCAAUGCACUCAUCAACAAAUCUUAAAAUGUGUGCCCGUCUUCUAUAAUUAAUUUCUUUAUCAUAACCACUACAAUUUCCUCAAAUGUUAUUGAUGCAUUAGCUGCUUCAUUUUUAUUAAUCAUUCUGUUCAGUUGUAAUAGGACAGUUGGUUGUAAUCGGACACCUGUAAUCGGACAGUCGAAGCAGCCAAUGAUACUAAGUCCACCGAGCUAAAUACAUCACUCACAGAAUUGAUCACAACAACCAUAGCAACAACCCUAGCAACAACCACUUAUCCUGAAAAAACAAUGGGGAAUUUCCAAAAUGGAGGAAUUUUGUAUUUUAGACAUAAUCUCUACCAGUGAUGUUUGUCCUAAAUGUAUUUGUUUUUUUUUUAAUUCCGGAAGUUGUAACGGUUAUUAUUAAUUGGUAACAGGACUUCGUCCAAUUCUGUCUGUAAUCAUACUCGUUACUGACAAAUUGGACUCCCGCCCCGCAGACGCCCGAUUUUGUUAAUCACUCGUAAAGUUACAGACCGAAUUGGACUCAAGUCAGCCCUAUCACCAUUAUAAAUAGCAAUGUGCUUCAGGUACUCUUUUAUUCACUAAUAACUCACUUCUUAUUUCAUCUCAUAAUUUUUGUUUUCUGGGAGAUAAUAGCUACCAAAAACUUCAAGGUCUGUCCAAGCUAUGUGUGCCUUGACAAAUUUCCCGCCCUGUUUUUGUUGGAUUGAAUUAGCACUACGUUAAAGAGAACUAAAUAAUUUUAACUGGAAGAAAAAAAAAAUGGAGGAAUAAUGAGUAAAUAUCAUCAAAUCUGUAGCUUGUAUAUGCAGUUCCCUUUUAUAAUAGAUAUUCUCAACAUCCAUUUCGAUCCUCAGGAAAAUCAAACACGAUGGUGCUUACAUUACUGGCUCCUAAUGAUAAAGUCGACCCAGCCUCCCUUCGUUUACAGAUUGUCACCUCAUCUGGCUCUGUUGUUCGCAAUUUGAACCUUUCGUCGAAUGAUAAAGUUCAUUAUGAAGUGAGUUUUACUCCACCAGCCACGGCCUUUAAACUCAAACUCCUUGGUGUUACUCAGAAAGGGUUUGCAUUUGAAAGACUGUCUCGUCGUUUCAUCCAACCAAGUACUGCGUUUCUUAGGGGACGAUACGCAAGUAAUGACUUCACCCUGCCGUUGAACAGUCUUACUAUCAUCCAGUUUGAGAUCUGCAACUUUGGACCCAAUGAGCGUUUUGAAGUCUUGGUUAGGAAGGACUGGAUGAAUUACGUUUCACAGCCUAGUGCCGGUUCCCAGCGACCAACGUUGGUUGGCAAGGGUCGUUGUGCGGCUUUGUUCCUUCGCGCAAGGGCCACGCGCGUUGCAGAUGUGCACAAAACCAAUACAGUAAUUUUGAUCGUUAAAGGGCAGUCCUCUGGUAUUGUCCUAUCACGUUUAAUGAGGCUUUUUGUCGUCAAUCCAAAGAGGUCCUGAUCAGAGGCAUGAUUUCAUUUAUUUGCUUUCCCGAUUGAUAUCAAAGGACUAAUUAGACAGUAACGCUUGGAUUAUCUCAUAAGGAGUUGGUGAAGAAGUGGGUUGCAGUAAAUCUACUUUAAGACCCUCCCCCCUCCUCCCCUAUAAUCAAUAAUUCUCCGAUCCACCCCCCUGUUUAUUAAUCAACUUUACGUAGAUGUCAGAAUGACAACCUAAACAUAAAUGGCUUUUUGUUGAAGAGAGAAAAGUUUGGCAGUUUUUGUGUAAAAUACACAACAUUGAUCAAAACUAGGAAACAGAGAAAUAAAGAGAGGAAAAAGCUGAAC